AUAAAAUAAGAGCAGCAGCAUGGAUCAAAUUCAUUUGAAAGCACAAUGAUUUAAAUGUGAUUAAUGAAACGUUAUGAUGAACAGAUGUGAAACAGAUUCUGACUCUGGUGUAAAGGAAAACACAAAAUUAAGUGGGGACUUGGCAAUUGAUUUGUCAUCAACAGACCUCACAGAGGUUCCUCAGGAUGUCCUGAACUCCAAAGAUGAAAAUGUCACUGCCUUGUAUAUGGACUACAAUGACUUAUCUGUAAUUCCAAGUGAGCUGUGUUUUAACUUGCCACACCUCAAAGUGCUCUCAGCCUGUGGCAAUGAGAUUACCUCUCUUCCAACAUCAUUAGCAUCAUUACACGGCCUCUGUGUACUAGAGCUUGUGGAAAAUGAAUUAGUAUCUCUCCCUAGUGCAAUAUGUGACCUGAAAGCAUUAGAAACUAUUCGACUGACAGGUAACAAACUGAAAUGUUUACCAGAACAGUUUGCAAAUUUAUCAAGCUUAAAGUCGUUAUAUUUGGAAGAAAAUGUGUUGAAAUCACUGCCUCCGAAAAUAGGAAAUCUAACAAACUUGACAGUUCUAGAAGUCAGCAAUAAUCAACUCCAAGGUGUUCCUGAAGAUCUGGGAGAGCUGACAAACCUAGAGGUGCUGAAUAUUAGCAAUAAUCAUGUGGCUACCCUACCUGAUUCUUUUGAAGCCUUGUCAAGUCUUAUCCAUAUUGAUCUCUCUAUGAAUAGUAUUGAAUAUCUACCAAAGAAGUGUGGCUCUGCCAAAACAUUACAGAAAUUCUAUGCAGAGUGCAAUUUGUUAAAAGCACUGCCAGACUGGUUGAAUCACCUGUCAGAUAUCAGAGAGUUCUCUGUCAAAGACAAUCAGCUAAUUCAAAAACCUCUUUCUGAGAGCUUUGGGGCUACGAGUAAGAAACUGAAGCUGUUGGAUAUUGCUGGGAACUUCAUCUCGUACUUGCCUGAAUCUCUUGGAAGCCUGGGAUGUCUGGAGGAGUUUCACAUGGGAAGUGUUAUCGAUGAACUGGAGCGGCGAAACUUCCAGAAUGGGAACUGGGUAGCCCAUCUUCCUCACAGCUUCGGAAAACUCAGACUUCUACGAGAGCUUCACUUAGAUGAAAAUCAACUGCGUGAAUUACCGUCAGACAUUGGAAAUCUGAGCUUUCUAGAGUUUUUUGACAUAGGUCAAAACAUGUUGCAUGCUAUCCCCGACUCCUUCUGUAAGUUAAAGAGGCUUAGAGUGUGCCAGUUAUCACGCAACAGUAUAAAGAAACUACCAGAUAACUUUGGAGAUUUGGAAAGCCUUGAAGAUCUUCGUCUGGAUAAUAACCAGGUCUGUGAACUGCCAGAAUCCUUCAGCAGGUUGACCAGAUUGAAGUCUCUGGACCUGUUUAACAACAGACUUACAGAGAUCCCUCCUGCAGUGAUGAAGUUAGACAAGCUGGUACGUCUGGACAUGGGAGAGAAUAACUUCCAUAUUCCGUGGCAUAAAGUACCUCUGUUAACAGUACAGAAUCGUUAUGCAUCUCGGAAUCCAGAGCUAAAAGACAAUUGGAGAGGGAAAGUCCGUCCAGAUGUGCAAUAUGAUGACUGCAAGGCAAAGAGUAUUGUGAUUGAGGCCCUAGACCUUCCAGAGGAGGAUGAGUUUCAAGAGGAGGCCCCCUACAGCCAGUAUGCCAUGAAGCGAGCUGCAGAGAGAGGACUGUCCUUCUGGAGGAGCCAUGACGGCCCUCAGACCCGCCCCAUCUACUCUCUGCCCUCAUUUCCCAGAGUGAACUUGGGUGAAGAUGAUGGCUGGAUCUCCGAUACAGAGACCAAAGAUGAUGUAGAUUCACAUAGUGAAGACAAAGUAUUAAAUGGUAUCGAGGAUAACAAAUUGGAUGGAAGCAGCAUUGACAGUGAUGAGAAGCAGCAAACUGAAUCAUGCUGUAACAGUGGCAUCAGGAACAUUAACACUGAAGAGAAUUACAAGAACAAAAUGCUUCAAAUGGGCAAAAGAAACAGUGAAAGCAAUAAAUACAGUAGUAUUGACCAUGAGAAAUUGAGUGACACUGAAUGUGUACAAAACUCUUUAUCUGUCAGUGGGAAAACGUGUAAGGAUGAUGUGAUGUACAGUACCAGUAUUAGUGAAGAGGAACAAGAGAGCGAACCUGAGGAGAUUGACAAUGCAGAUGAGAGUGACAGCUCAGAUGAAAGCGAUGGUGAACAUACGGGAAACAGGCAUUCUGAAGACAGUUCUGACGAGUUUGAGACUGUCCGUAUCCCUGAAGUUGUUGACUUUGAGAAUCCUGUUCGUUCAGCAUCUCCAGAAGAAGACUGGGAUGAAGAGAUUGAAAACAGUCUUGGGCCAUAUGAUGAAAUCAGAGUCUACCAGCAUCCACCGCGUGACCACAUCAUCAUGUGCCAUGAAGUGAGGAGUCAUUACUUCCCAGCUUGGGACAUCCACGCCAAGCCCGUGGAUUGGCUGGACAGGAUGGUGGAACCUCAGGUGGAGGAGGGACAGUUUGAUGACUGUGAGGACGAUGAUUGAGGAGAGAAGCCAGGGGCCAUUCUGAGGAGUGAAGAGAAAUAUGAGUUAAUUCUGGGACAGUUUGAUGACUUUGAGUACGAUGAGGAUUGAAGUCUGGGACUUUUCUGAGGACUGAGGAGAACUGUCAGAGUAUCCAGAAAUUAUUUCUGGGACAGUAUGGCAGUAAGGAGUGUAAAGCAUUAAAUCCAAGACCUUUUGAUGACAGCAAUGAGAAUUUAAAGUAAACCCAGGGACAGCUUGAUGACUGAUCGGAAGAUUUGAAAUAAAUUCAUGUAAAGUUUGAA